AAAACAAAGUUCAGACAUUUAUUGCUCGUUUACUGCUAUUAUUAUUAAGUGUUAGUAGCCAUUUGAAAUUGGGUGCUUGUUUUUUACGCCAUCUCCCUAAUUUUGUCGUUUUAUUUCCCCGUUCUUUUUUUCAGCGCCCAACUUUUGUCAACUACCAUUGCGAGAGGACACAAGAGAUGCUCUUAAAUUUGUUAAGAUGAUAAACAUGCAACAGCAACAACCUAGCCAUAGUCAGCAUAACUGCCGCACCAUUAACAACAACCAACAAAGUCUGGCGAACCCCAGGCAUUUGCUGUCACAUGAGCCACAAUAUCCGCAUCAACGGCAGCAGCAGGAACAGCAACAACAGCAGUAUGAAGUGUUGCUGCUGCAACGGCAGCAGGAGCCUCCACCACAGCAUCUGCAACAACACACACAUCAGCAUUUAAGACAUAAGUCGUCGUCAUUGUCAUUGCCACCAGCCCCAUUACCAUCACCACCACUACCACCACCGCUGUCACCAACACCACAACGAAAACCCCUGCAUUUACAGCAACAAAUUGCUGUUAAUUUAAAACAAAUUAUAAAUGCCCAUUUAAAUAUCAUCCGAUGGCAUUUCCUGGUGAUAUUUCUGCUCUGCAAUUGUAUAGUCAGUGCAUUCGAACCGGAUUUCGUAAUACCCUUGGAAAAUGUAACGGUGGCCCAGGGACGUGAUGCCACCUUUACGUGUGUUGUCAAUAAUUUAGGCGGUCACAGGGUGGCCUGGAUUAAAGCCGAUGCCAAAGCAAUUUUGGCCAUACACGAACAUGUGAUAACCAACAAUGAUCGGUUAUCGGUUACCCACAAUGAUUACAAUACCUGGACACUGAACAUACGCAAUGUAAAAAUGGAAGAUGCUGGCAAAUACAUGUGCCAGGUCAAUACGGAUCCAAUGAAAAUGCAGACAGCAGUGCUGGAAGUUGUUAUUCCGCCCGACAUUAUCAACGAAGAAACAUCAGGUGAUAUGAUGGUCCCCGAAGGUGGUUCAGCUAAAUUAGUGUGUCGUGCUAGGGGCCAUCCCAAGCCAAGGAUAACGUGGCGUCGCGAGGAUGGCAGAGAAAUUAUAGCUCGCAAUGGUGCCCAUCAAAAGACAAAAGCUUUAGCCGUGGAAGGUGAAAUGUUAACAUUGUCAAAGGUCACGCGAUCCGAAAUGGGUGCAUACAUGUGCAUAGCAUCCAAUGGUGUUCCGCCAUCGGUUAGCAAACGUAUGAAGCUACAGGUGCAUUUUCAUCCUUUGGUACAAGUUCCCAAUCAAUUGGUGGGUGCUCCCGUCUUGACAGAUGUCACUUUAAUUUGUAAUGUGGAAGCAUCACCCAAAGCCAUCAAUUAUUGGCAAAGAGAAAAUGGUGAAAUGAUUAUUGCUGGAGAUCGUUAUCUACUUACCGAGAAGGAGAUCAACAUGUAUUCCAUUGAAAUGGUGCUGCAUAUCAGACGUCUACAGGCCAGUGAUUUUGGUGGUUAUAAAUGUAUAUCGAAGAAUAGUAUUGGUGACACGGAGGGCACCAUACGCUUAUAUGAAAUGGAAAGGCCAGGAAAGAAAAUCCUUCGAGAAGAAGAUAUGAACGAAGUAACGAAAAACGAAAUUGUCCUCAAGGAGAAUCGUCACGAGGACGGUGCACGAAAUCAAAACGGCCGCCUGUACAAAGAACGCGGCAGCGAUCUAACCCAGUACAAUCAUCACAAUUCAGCACUGCCACAAAUGCGGUCACCUUCGAUGCCAUUGAUAAUUGUAUUAAUUACACUAAUACUCUUAUUAGCGUCAACACGUACACUUAACGAUAUUGGCCAUAAUCAAAUUGUCGAUGACAGGCCUUGGCGACAACAGGCGGCAGCGGCGCCCUCAUCCUCACUGUCGUCGUCAUCAUCGUCGUCGUCGUCGUCAUCAAUACAAUUGGCGCAGUACAUAAAUGGAUUAUAG